AUGGCCACGGCUUACAAUGAUGGCCUUCAAGAUAUGGUAAAUCAGUUUAACAAGAUUCAUUCUAAUGCGACAGUCGUGCUAUACGACUCAUGGGUACUCAUGACCCGCGUCCUUGGCAACCCUGAAGAAUAUGGAUAUCAGGAUGCUACGUGUAUGAAUGAAGAUGGGUCUAGCUGUAUAUGGUGGAAUGAUUUGCACCCGGGUUGGAAGUAUCAUCAGUGCCAACCUUGGUCCUCUUAG